AAUACCUACUAACUGUACGACAUAAACUUCUUCCAUCACUUGCCUCUGAUAUUACAAAAUGUCUCUUACAAGAACACCAUCUACCUCAUCUCUCAACUCUUUUCUCACGGGGACGACUCUCCGAAACGACACCGACUCAUCCUCAUCCCCGUCCCCAUCCCCGCAUGAGCCCGCCUCGCUUCCCGGAAUAGUCGCGCAUCUCAAAUGCAAGUACCGACGAGCGCAGCGGCGCCGCAAAUUCACCGUCGUCCCCGCCCGCCAGCGCCACGACAGCAUCCACAAGUUUUAUUGGCGUUAGCUAUGGACAUGUAGGUCGGUGCUGCACCUGCUGACGCAGGUACCCAGUGUCAUGUCAUGUUGACGGCCGAGCUACAGUAAACAGACUUCGCUUGAUUCGUCCGUCGUGCGAGGAGAGUACCCAUUUGGAUUCUACUGGCGUUCUGGCAUGGUGUCUUCUAACUACCUAAUCUAUAUCAAAUGCACGCUCAUUAUCUCCUUUAUACCAAUCUCUUCAUCUCCUCCAACUCUCUGUCGACUC